AUGGCCGCCGAGAAGCAGCUCCCGGGUGGCGGCGGCGGCGGCGGCGGCGGCAGUAGCGGCGGCAGCGGCGGCGGACGCAGUGCCGCAGGAGAGGAAAAUAAAGAGAACGAACGCCCGUCAGCCGGGUCGAAGGCAAGCAAAGAGUUCGGAGACAGCCUGAGUUUGGAGAUUCUUCAGAUUAUCAAGGAGUCCCAGCAGCAGCAUGGCUUGCGGCAUGGAGAUUUUCAGCGGUACAGGGGAUACUGCUCCCGCAGACAAAGACGCCUUCGGAAAACACUCAACUUUAAGAUGGGGAACAGACACAAAUUCACAGGGAAAAAAGUGACUGAAGAUCUUCUGACUGAUAACAGGUACUUGCUACUGGUUCUGAUGGAUGCUGAAAGAGCCUGGAGCUAUGCCAUGCAGCUCAAACAGGAAGCCAACACUGAACCCCGAAAACGGUUUCACUUGUUGUCUCGCCUUCGCAAAGCCGUGAAGCAUGCAGAGGAACUGGAACGCUUGUGUGAGAGCAAUCGUGUAGAUGCCAAGACCAAGCUAGAGGCUCAGGCUUACACAGCUUACCUCUCAGGAAUGUUGCGCUUUGAGCAUCAAGAAUGGAAGGCUGCCAUUGAGGCUUUUAAUAAAUGCAAAACAAUCUAUGAGAAGCUCGCCAGUGCAUUCACAGAGGAGCAAGCAGUGCUGUAUAACCAGCGUGUGGAGGAGAUCUCCCCCAACAUUCGCUACUGUGCAUACAACAUCGGGGACCAGUCUGCCAUCAAUGAACUCAUGCAGAUGAGAUUGAGAUCUGGGGGCACAGAGGGUCUCCUGGCUGAAAAACUAGAGGCAUUGAUCACCCAGACGCGAGCCAAACAGGCAGCCACGAUGAGUGAAGUAGAGUGGAGAGGGAGAACAGUUCCAGUGAAGAUUGACAAAGUAAGGAUUUUUCUGCUGGGAUUGGCUGACAAUGAAGCGGCCAUCACACAGGCUGAAAGUGAAGAAACCAAGGAGCGUCUGUUUGAGUCCAUGCUCAGCGAGUGUCGGGACGCCAUCCAGGCCGUGCGGGAAGAGCUCAAGCCUGACCAGAAACAGAGAGAUUAUUCCCUUGAAGCUGAGUCUGGGAAGGUAUCUAAUCUCCAGUACCUGCACAGCUACCUGACCUGUAUCAAGCUGUCAACGGCCAUUAAGCGGAACGAGAACAUGGCUAAAGGUCUGCACAGGGCUCUGCUGCAGCAGCAGCCGGAAGACGACAGCAAGCGCUCCCCCCGGCCCCAGGAUCUCAUCCGCCUCUAUGACAUCAUUCUGCAGAAUCUGGUGGAGUUGCUGCAGCUCCCUGGCUUAGAAGAGGACAGAGCCUUCCAGAAAGAGAUAGGCCUUAAGACCCUGGUGUUCAAAGCUUACAGGUGUUUUUUCAUUGCUCAGUCCUAUGUGCUGGUGAAGAAGUGGAGUGAAGCCCUGGUUCUGUAUGACAGAGUUCUGAAAUAUGCCAGUGAGGUCAGCUCCGAUGCAGAAGUCUUCAAGAAUAGCCCAAAGGACUUGCCUGACAUGCAGGAGCUGAUUACCCAGGUGCGGUCAGAGAAGUGCUCACUGCAAGCUGCUGCCAUUCUGGAUGCAAAUGAUUCCCAUCAAACAGAGACUUCCUCCCAAGUCAAGGACAACAAGCCUCUGGUUGAACGGUUUGAGACCUUCUGCCUGGACCCUUCCCUUGUCACCAAGCAAGCCAGCCUUGUACACUUCCCACCAGGAUUCCAGCCCAUCCCUUGCAAGCCUUUGUUCUUUGACCUGGCCCUCAACCAUGUGGCCUUCCCACCCCUGGAGGACAAGUUGGAGCAGAAGACCAAGAGUGGCCUCACGGGCUACAUCAAGGGCAUCUUUGGAUUCAGGAGCUAACCGGGCUCUUCUGGGGGCAGGGGAGAUUCUGACUCUUACUCUGUAUUGUGAGACAGGCUCAGCAAGUUCCAUGACAUUAAAUCCAGGUCUGCAUUGGCCCAGGGCGGAGCUCAACACCUCAGCCCUGCGUCCUUACAUCUUGUGUGUUUUGUGACUUACGUUCAUAACCUGUCACCUUCUGAGCCCUGAGCUCACAUGGCUCUGUCCCCUAUAUCUCCUGGGGCUGCUGCGGUCUUGGCCUUGUGAGCCAUGAUUGGUUAUCUUUGGUCAGUAAUGUGUCCAGAGGUUCCACACCGGGCUCGGGGGCUUUGGAAUGUCUCUUCAGUCCCAUGGAUUUGAAAUGAACUCAGCCUUGCUGUGCAUAUCCAGAGUCCUUUAAAGUUUGUCCUUGACUAUAAAACAUUGGCAGUGUCAUUCAGAGUUAUGGUCAGCCUUGUUCCCCUUCCCUCUAAGAACGUUAAGUUUCAGAACAAGCAGAGAGCUCUAUUUUUAGAAGAACUGUUACACUCAGUAAAGAUGAACCAAAUCUUAUAUUAAAAGACGAAGAUGAUGGA